AUGCACGAUGAGCUGGGGUUCAACAAGGGCCCCACUCAUACAUAUAAGCAACUUGCACACAUACUAGAGAAGAAAUGGACGACCAAUACAUUACUUCAAAGAAAGGUUAUAACCUUAGAGGCCCAGAUAGAUCGACUGAGUAAAGCGCUAGAAUCAUCUCCUCAAUUCCAGUCUCGCAAUCGAGACCCAUUCAAAUGGCUCCCCGUACAGCCGGCUCAUACUUUGAAAUCUCAUCGAGCCGCGAUUACAAGUGUAGCUUUCCACCCAACAUUCUCCUCCCUAGCCUCCAGUUCCGAAGACUGUACUAUCAAAAUUUGGAACUGGGAGCUUGGUGAGCUUGAAAAUACUUUCAAAGGGCACACAGCAACAAUUACAGGACUGGAUUUUGGUGGACAAAUUGGGCGUACCUUACUUGCGUCCUGUUCUAAUGACCUCCUUAUCAAAUUGUGGGAUCCCACCAAGGGCUACGCUAACAUACGUACUCUCUCGGGGCAUGAUCACACUGUUUCUUGCGUCCGAUUUCUCACCCCGAAUCAAAAUACCCUUGUCUCGGCUAGUCGUGACACAUCUAUCCGUUUUUGGGAUAUAUUGACCGGCACCUGUGUGAAAAUGAUCUCUACGGAUUGUGGUUGGAUUCGGGAUCUGGCACCCUCUUAUGAUGGGCGAUGGCUGGUCUCGUGCGGCAGUGAUCACAACGCAACCAUUUGGAACGUUGCCUCUGGUAGUUGUCAGACAAUACUCCGAGGCCAUGGUAAUCACUUGGAAUGUUGUGCCUUUGCACCUCCGACAAGUUACUCUCACCUUGUAGCUCUAAUGGACGCGAAAGAGCCUCCUGUGGGUUACUCGUUGGGAUUCGUUGCUACAGCUGGGAGAGAUAAGACGAUCAAACUCUGGGACCUCCAGGGGGUAUUGAUUAAAACUUUAGUGGGUCAUGAUAGCUGGGUACGAGGCCUGGUAUUUCACCCCGGUGGAAGGUUUUUGCUCAGCAUUGGUGAUGAUCGAACUAUAAGAUGCUGGAAUCUUGCGGAGGGAGCAAGGUUAUGGAAAACACUUGAUAAUAUCCAUGAUGGUUUCGUCAGUUGUAUCUGUUGGGCACCUUGUGCAGUGUCCCUUAUCGAAAGGCAUAGCUCGUCAAAGGAGUUUCUGGAAACCCACCCAGUUCCAGAGCAUGAGAUGAUAACAUCUGAUUUCCCUUGUGUCUUAGCCACUGGAAGUACAGAUUCCAAGGUACACGUCUACGCCUAG